UUUGCUGUUAACGCAGUGGUGGUUGGUAUAAAGACACAACAACUAUCUCGGAUCAGACCACUUGUAAAAACUUUGUUCGAGUUUUACCAUUAUUAUCAGAAGUGUGACACCUACAAAAUACAACCAUGUUCACCGCACUGAUAAUUGUGACCAUCUUUGUUAACACUGUGCCGUCGUCGUAUUGCGUCUACUCAGGUUGUUCUCAUUGUCUAACCGAACCAAUUGACAAAUUGAAUGACCUUCAAAUACAACAGAUCGUGUCCCAGAGAUCUGUUAUUGAAGAAAUUGAACAAAAUCCGCAACUCCUGUCCAAUGCCACAUACCAGAGAUCAUUUGUGACACUCACUCCGCGGCAGAACCAGCAGAUUCUGAGAAGGUACCCUAAGAUAUUCAGGGAAAAGGAGUCAGUCCUUACCUCUUCAUCGGCAGUUGGGACUGAAACAAACUUAAACUUGAAACGGAUAUGCCCGCCAAUAUUAGUACAUGAACGUCUUGUCAUGUUAUAUACGGAAGGACAAUUGGUUCAAGUCGUGCAGAUGCCUGGACAAAAUGAUAACCAGUUGAUUUUUGAUGAAACCUGCAAGGACGAGACUUCGUGGGGCAAGAUAUGCCGUGUAGUUGAUCGCACUGUGCUCGGACUCUUCAUUAAUGUAAGCGGCGUAAAGGAGAAUGGUAGGUAUAGCGAGAACGUCGUCUACUCCUAUAUCAUCGUACGGUACUGUGCAGCAUUUGAGCCCUAAAGGUCGUUGGUCUGACUCCUGGAGCUCGAGUAGGUCCCAGCUGGUCCACCACCGGGUUUAGCUGAGCCUACAUAGAGUACUUUACAUUCUAUACACGAUAUUAAACAUAAUAGAGAGGUAGCUGCACGUAACGCGAGCAAAAUACGUGAACGUGAACGUCAAAAAUUCAGUUGUUUCUGUGUGACGUCGACACGUUUGGCUUAUUGCAUGUUCAUGUAUGACGUCUGCGCGCACGUACGUACCUGACGUGAAAAAUGGUAACUUCGGGGCCCAAUUUCAUAGCUUUGCUUAAGUACAUUUUUUUGCUUACUAUAGCAGAAAAAUUUGCUUAAUUCAUUUUUGAUUCACAUGGUAAACUUAAAGGAAAACGUUGCCUUUGAUUGGUCGAGUUGGUCUUUGAAAAGCGUUACUUUGUAACCGUUUUUAAUAAAACGCAUAUCCGAUAUGAGUCCAAAAAUGGUAAAUUUAAUGCAUAUUUUGAUUAAGAACAAUUUAUGAGACCUAUUGAAUUUUUAUUAUUGUAUGCACUCAGAUCUUCACGAGGAUUAGUUCUAGACCGUACCAUUUUAUUGUUCUGCAAAAUUGAGUUUGUUAAAAUAAAAAAGUAUACCCGGAUAAAUGGAAAGUCGGAGCAAAUUAUUUAUUUAUUUAUACGUCCCAUAAUUUGCAGGUGUUUCCACCUGUCUUGUAAAAUAGGGACAACAUGUGCGGCACCUAUAUGUAGCCCGAGCUCUAAAUGUCACCCAAAAUAAAAUGUAUCACCAAAGCUGAACCUAAAUGUCGCCCGCCCAAAAUGUAGCCCCGAAGUUGUACCUUAGUGUCGCCAAGACCUGAAUGUCGCCCCGAAGUUGUACCUAAAUGUUGCCCCGACCUAAAUGUCGCCCCGAAGUUGUACCGAGAUGUCACCCCGACCUAAAUGUAGCCCCAAAGUUGUACCUCAAUGUCGUCUGACCUAAAUGUAGCCCCGAAAAUGUACCCGUUAGAUUUCACCCCGACCUAAAUGUAGCCCCAAAGUUGUACCCAGAUUUCGCCCCGACCUAAAUGGAGCCCCAAAGUUGUACCCAGAUUUCACCCCGACCUAAAUGGAGCCCCAAAGUUGUACUCAGAUGUCGCCCCGACCUAAAAUCUUAAGCCCAAGCUGUACCUAAAUGUCCGUCAAAGUUGAACCUAAAAGUUUGGGUGGCUUUUAGGUGCCGCACAGACUGCCCUAAACUGUAGUCAGACUUUAUGGUCCAUGUUAGACACACAAACUUCGUAAAAAUGGUAAAUUUAAUGCAUAUUUUGAUUAAAAACAAAUUAUGAGACCUAUUAAAUUUG